GUGAUGGACGGAUGCGAUCGAGCAGCGACUCCAAACGAAAACCCUAAAAAAACUGGUACGGUUAAAGAUGGAUUUACUGCAGAUUAGUCGCCAGGUUGUUGCAGAUUCAGUCCCGUACGCGCUUCCAUAAUUAAACUCCUCAAUCGAUCUCUCCUCUCCUCUCCUCUUGGUGCCUCGACUCCAUCCCAUCUGCUUCUCUCCCAUCUUCCCAGCAAUCACAAAACUCGAUGACCAAGAUUCUCAGCUUCUCCCGGUCGAAGCGGGCCGGUCCGGCGGACGAGGAGGAGUCGGCGGCAAUGGCGGCUGCAGGGGAGUACAGGGACCUCGAGGGCGGCGGCGGCAACAAGGACGACCAAGGGGCCCCGGCGGGCCGUGGCGACGUCGGGCUGUUCCUCGCCGGCCUCGCGGCAUACUUCGUGUCCUUCAUCGGCAUCUACUACAUACUGCUCGGCAAAUUCUACCUCCCGCCCGAGGCGGGGGAGGACGGCGGCGGGCCGGUCGUCGUCGCCGGCGCCGCUCUCCUGGCCGUCGCCGGGGCCACCGCGGGCGGCGUGAUCUCCGCCUGCUGCUGCUGCCGCCGCGCCUCGCCGCCAGCGGAUGAUGAGCCGUCGUUAGUUAGUUGAACAUGGACCAUAGAACUGCUUCAGAAUUUUACUUAUUCGUUUAUUUCUAUUUUCACGUCAUCUACAAAGUUAGUAUAAACUUGAGUCA